AUGCUCAUUGCCUUCGUCUGCUUUCUUGCCUUUUUGGCAUCAUCAUCGUCAGAGAUUGCCUUACCAUAUCAGGGCAUUGAGUCCCCACUCAGCCGCAUGCGGCGACAGAGUGGAACUGAACAUACUUACUAUGUCGGGUUCUCCCAGAAUUCCAACUUCCACUUUGGUCUUGAAUCGUACUGCACCAUGCCGUCUAAUAGAACCGAAGUGGAUGGACAUCAGUACAACAUCGAAGACUGUGUCCAACUCAUAGACUUCCUCGCCGGCGAAGAUCACUAUAACGACUUUUGGAUGGUCGAGGAUUACGAUUGCUCUACCAUGGGAGACUGCUGGUGGAUGACGGUGGCUGGAUGGGGAACCUGCAACUUCGCGAUUGUCGCCCCUGCCUGCGAGCCACUCUCCAUUGCGUGA